CAGUGGCGGGAGACCAGGAACUUUCGUCACCGCUCUGGCCGCACGCCGGAUGUUUUUUACUGUUACUCCGGAAGGGACCUGGUGGUUCCCUUCGCGGUUUCUGUCACUGACCGGCUGCUGAAGAUGGGGAAGAAGAAAGAAGCGGCGGCGGAGAGAGAAGGUGAAGCUGGUGGUCACGGCUCUCACAAGAAAAAACACAAGAAGCACAAGAAACACAAAAAGAAGCAUCAUCAAGCUGACGUGGGGCUGGGCUUCUCCUCUGAGACACUGGAAUCUGACUCUGGCACUGGGAAACCCCAGCUGAAGCUUAAAAUAAAACUGGGUGGGCAGACCAUGGGUACAAAGAGUGUGCCACACUUCUCCUUGGCCCCUGAGCUAAAGCAGUCUCCAUCCCCUCUGAUGGUUGAUGAUGAUGAACCAGAUGAAGUGCCAUUGGACCAGUAUCGGGCCUGGCUGGAUGAAGAGAGCAACUUGGAUCCAUCUCCUCUACCAGAUCUGGAUUCGGAAAGUCUUCGGGAACCAGAACAGGAUGAGGAGCAACGAUGGCUGGAUGCUUUAGAAAAAGGAGAGCUGGAUGACAAUGGGGAGCUAAAGAAGGAGAUUGACGAAUCUCUGCUGACAGCCAGACAGCGUGCCUUGCUACACAAGCAACAAAGCCAACCACUCCUGGAGUUGCCCAUGGGCUACAAAGUGAAGGAGAUGACUGAGGAAAUGAUGGUGAAACGAGCUGAACGUGCUCGAAAGAGACGUCUGCAGGCUGCGAAGAAAGCUGAAGACAGUAAAAACCAAACAAUUGAGCGGCUGACAAAAACCAAUAAGGCAAAAGUGAAAACACUGAGGGACAGAAGGACCAAGGGAAUGCAUUGUCCAAUGAUUAGAUAUUCCAAUAAUGCCACGGGGAUUACUGUGUCCUUUCCACAUGGAUGUCCUGCCCCAUUGCCAGCACCCUCGAUGCCUGUACCCAUACCAAUUACCUGUGGGGUUGAGGGUUGCUCAAACUUCAAGAAAUACUGUUGUUCUAAAACUGGAUUACCUCUCUGCAGCCUUGAGUGCUACAAAAAGAAUUUGAUGAUCCAAGGUUUGGCUUGAUGAGAGCUGAGUAUCUGGAAGUGAACAAACCCCAGAAAGUUGCUAGCUGUGAACUGGUUCAUUAACCAGGAAUGAUCUUUUAGCAGUGGAAUGCUAAUGGAGAAAGUUAAAAGGUCUGCUUUGUUUGACAUCUCUUGUGAUUACAAUUUGGAUCAUUGAUUUCUGUCAGAAGUUAUUUAUCGCAGUGGUGGGAUUGAUUCAUGAAAGGUAUUCUACAGUUUGGUUACUUGUAGUGAAUGGCAUUAAUUAAAACAUUUUCCACAUGGGUACCACUACAAGAAUUCUCACUUGGAAUGAUAUGGUUGUAUCCAGUCUUUUUACUUUGUCACAACCAUGUUCUGUAUCUGCCCAACAUUUGUUGUUCCUCUGAACAUCCUGGAUUAAAAUAAACUACAAAACCCAAGGGGCAGCACUUGCACAAGUGGAUUGAGGUCAACCAAAUAUUUUCCUCCUGGCACUCAGCACUAAUUUCAACUGUAGUUUCUUGGAGACUAACACCACCUAAUUUACAGUAUCACAAUGUUCCUUUUCCUAUGCUCUUAACUCUCACCUGCCCCAGCCUAUAGUUUCACUUUGGUGGAAAUGCUGUGCCCCAUAGACACACAGAUUUAGUUGAAAGUCAGCUUUCCAGUUACUGUACUAGCCAUCAGUAGCCAGGGUAUCAUGACGUAGUGCCCUGUUGAAGUUGGAUCAAGUAGAGUAAAAUCAAAAUGUUUAAGCUAUCUUAAUUUUGGAAGAAAUAAUCUAGCACAUUAAGUUAUAUCUUCAAAACUUGGAAUAUUGGAGAGAUUCCAUAGGAGAGGCAAAUUCUAUAGAAAGCAGGUCAUUGUUGCCACUUGAUGCAUCCUCCAGAAAUGACAAUAUGCAAUGCAUAUAAAAUUGUUCACUUGCACAUGUAUCAGCCAGGGGGUUUGUAUUCAGGGAGAGUGCAUUGGAUUUGUAUGAGUUGUGAUGCUUUACAUCAUAAGCCAAACAUUAAAUUUUGAUUUUUAUUUAAAACUUGAAUGGUAUUUUGAUUUGAAGAAAACUGCAAUAAAUUGUAGUGUCUUACCUGACCUAAUGUACAACAUUCUCCUUUUAUUUCUAGUGAAGUCACUGGAGGUGACCCUCAGUACAGUGAGCUUUUGUAUUAGUUUUGACUCCUGAUUUGACCAUUUGAUGCAA